GGGGGACCAGAGAAGACGUCACCACGCCCCACCGACUGAGCCGCCUGUCCCAACGAGCCCGAGGCUCCCUCCCGGGACUACUGCUGAGGGGGAAGGGGCAAGCGGUUCCCUCGGCACAAGAUGGAGGCAGCCUGAGCCGCGGCGACACCCACACGCUGCUCUGCCCAUCUGUCUGGGUCUGUCACACACCAGAGGAGGGCGGCGGGGUUUGGGUCUGUCUUCUUGAUGAUACCUUCAUAAUGUCACCCUGGUGAGGCGGCCGCCUUUCCUCCCAGCAGCCUCCCAGGGUGGUUUUCCGGGUGGUUUUCUCCUCCCUUAAAAAGUUCCUCCUCUGACAAAGGAAAAAUGGCUUUCAGUAAAGGAUAUCGUAUCUAUCAUAAAUUGGACCCACCACCAUUCAGUGUGAUAGUGGAAACCAGAAACAAGGAAGAAUGCCUUAUGUUUGAGUCUGGAGCUGUGGCUGUUCUCUCAUCUGCAGAGAAAGAGGCAAUCAAGAACAUGUACUCCAAGGUAAUGGAUGCAUAUGGACUUCUGGGUGUAUUAAGGUUAAAUCUUGGAGAAACACUGCUACAUUACCUAGUUCUUGUCACGGGAUGUAUGUCUGUGGGCAAGAUUCAAGAAUCUGAAGUUUUUCGUGUUACUUCCACUGAUUUAAUAUCACUUCGAAUCGAUCCAUCUGAUGAAGAACGCAUCUCUGAAGUGCGCAAAGUUUUGAACUCAGGAAACUUUUAUUUUGCAUGGUCUUCUACUGGGGUCAGUUUAGAUCUUAGUCUUAAUGCCCACCGUAGCAUGCAAGAGCAAAGCACUGAUAACAGGUUCUUCUGGAACCAAUCUCUGCAUCUGCAUCUGAAACAUUAUGGCGUGAAUUGUGAUGACUGGUUGUUGCGCCUCAUGUGUGGAGGUGUAGAGAUUCGAACAAUUUAUGCAGCACACAAACAAGCAAAGGCAUGCAUUAUUUCACGACUAAGCUGUGAACGAGCUGGAACCAGAUUUAAUGUUCGAGGAACAAAUGAUGAUGGUCAUGUGGCCAAUUUUGUUGAAACUGAGCAGGUGAUAUUCCUUGAUGAAAGCGUGUCCUCCUUCAUACAAAUUCGUGGAUCUGUUCCGUUAUUUUGGGAGCAACCUGGCUUACAGGUGGGAUCUCAUCGUGUCAGAAUGUCAAGAGGAUUUGAAGCAAACGCACCUGCCUUUGAUAGACAUUUUUAUACCCUUAAAAAUAGAUACGGUGGUCAAAUAAUUGUCAAUCUUCUUGGGUCAAAAGAAGGAGAGCAUAUGCUUAGCAAAGCAUUUCAGAGCCAUUUGAAAGCAUCUGAACAUGCUGAUGACAUCAAAAUGGUGAACUUUGAUUAUCAUCAAAUGGUCAAAGGUGGGAAGGCAGAAAAGCUACAUAGCGUUCUUAAACCACAGAUCCAGAAAUUUUUAGAGUGUGGAUUUUUUUACUUUGACGGAAAGGAAGUUCAGAGGUAUCAAAAUGGUACUAUCAGAACAAACUGUUUGGACUGCCUGGAUAGAACAAACAGUGUGCAAGCAUUCAUUGGCCUAGAGAUGCUAACAAAACAACUGGAGGUUUUAGGAUUAGCUGAAAAACCACAGUUGGUUACUAGGUUCCAGGAAGUUUUUCGUUCCAUGUGGUCUGUUAAUGGUGACUCAGUCAGUAAAAUAUAUGCUGGAACUGGAGCUCUUGAAGGAAAAGCAAAGGCUGGGAAGCUGAAGGAUGGUGCACGUUCUGUGACAAGAACAAUUCAAAAUAACUUUUUUGAUAGCUCAAAGCAGGAAGCUAUUGACGUUUUGUUGUUGGGGAACACCUUAAAUAGUGAUUUAGCAGACAAAGCACGGGCACUCUUAACUACCAGCAGUUUACGUGCAUCUGCAAAGAUACUGAAAAGCAUGUGUGAGAAUUUUUAUAAGUAUUCAAAACCAAAAAAAAUCCGAGUUUGUGUUGGAACAUGGAAUGUCAAUGGCGGAAAGCAAUUUCGAAGCAUUGCCUUUAGAAAUCAGACACUCACUGACUGGCUUCUAGAUGCACCAAAGCUAGCUGGCAUCAGUGAAUUCCAAGAUCGAAGGAGCAAGCCUAUUGAUAUCUUUGCUAUUGGAUUUGAAGAAAUGGUAGAGCUAAAUGCAGGAAAUAUUGUGAGUGCAAGUACAACCAACCAAAAGUUGUGGGCUGCUGAAUUACAGAAGACUAUCUCACGAGAUUACAAAUAUGUUCUGCUGGCUGCAGAACAAUUGGUGGGUGUCUGCCUCUUCAUAUUCAUUAGACCUCAGCAUGCACCAUUUAUCAGAGAUGUUGCAGUUGAUACAGUGAAGACUGGCAUGGGAGGAGCUACUGGUAAUAAGGGUGCAGUAGCUAUUCGGAUGUUAUUCCAUACCUCCAGUCUUUGCUUUGUAUGUAGUCAUUUUGCUGCAGGACAGUCCCAAGUCAAAGAGAGAAAUGAGGAUUUCAUAGAAAUAUGUCGGAAAUUAAACUUCCCAAUGGGAAGACUGCUCUUUUCCCAUGAUUAUGUAUUCUGGUGUGGUGACUUUAAUUAUCGUAUAGAUCUUCCUAAUGAAGAAGUAAAGGAACUAAUCCGGCAGCAGAAUUGGGAUGCCCUUCUUGCUGGAGAUCAACUUGUCAAUCAGAAAAAUGCUGGGCAGGUAUUCAGAGGCUUUUUAGAAGGAAAAGUAGCCUUUGCCCCAACUUACAAAUCUGACGUAUUUGGGGUUGACCUGUUACCAAUGGUGAAGAAAAUCGCACACCAGCCUGUGGGACGAAUGGGUAUUACGGUGUUGUGGAAGAGAAGAAAGUGGCCUUUUGACCGAUCAGCGGAUCAUAUGGAUCUUCUGGUUUGCACUUUCCAUGAUAGAGGUAAACUUCUUUACACCUGGAGUCCUGGAACUUUGUUGUAUUAUGGAAGGGCAGAGCUGAAAACAUCUGAUCAUAGACCUGUUGUUUCACUGGUUGAUAUAGAUAUCUUUGAAGUUGAUGGAGAAGAGCGGCAGAAAAUUUACAAGGAAGUGAUUACAGUACAGGGACCACCAGACGGCACAAUAAUGGUCUCCAUCAAAGGGUCUUCAUCAGAAGAGAACUAUUUUGAUGAUGCUUUGAUUGAUGAACUUCUUCAAAAAUUUGCAACAUAUGGUGAAGUUAUACUUAUAAGAUUUGUAGAUGACAAAAUGUGGGUGACAUUUUUGGAAGGGAGCUCUGCUUUGAAUGUUCUGAACCUGAAUGGUAUUGAGCUUCUUGGGAAAACAAUUAACAUUAAUUUGAAAAGCCCAGAUUGGAUCAAGAGCUUGGAAGAAGAAAUGGAUUUGGAGAAAGUUAAUUUUGGAUUGCCUUCAUCAAUAAGCUCUACUUUGCUUUGUGAAGAUGCAGAAGUUUCUACAGACUACGAUAUGGAAGGUGAUAUUGAUGACUACAGUGCUGAAGUAGAAGAAAUCCUUCCUCAGCACCUGCAGCUAGCAUCAGGUUCUUGCCUUGGAGCUUCACCUGGCUCUUCACCUCGUUCAAGCCCCUGCCAGUCACCUACACCAUCUGAUGGACCUCCUCCAUCAAGGCCAAGCAGAACACCUAGCAAGACUCCUGGACCGCCUAUAUCUUCUCAAGGUUCUCCAAUUGAUUUUCAACCAGUUACUCAACAUAGAGAGUCUGUCCAACCUUUAGAACCCAAACGCCCACCCCCACCUCGUCCAGUAGCACCUCCUGCUCGUCCAGCUCCACCUCAGAGGCCACCUCCACCAUCAGGGAGUAAAAGUCCCGCACCUGCUAGAAAGGAAUUUGGAGGUGUUGGUGCCCCUCCCAGCCCUGUUGUAGCUAGGAGAGAAGAAGUUCACAGUCAGUCACCAACCGGAUUAACAAGCAUAGGAACUUCGGCACCCAGUACUUCUAGACCGACUAUUCCUCCCCGAGCUGGAGUAAUUAGUGCACCACUAAGCCAUGCCCGUUCACCUGUAGGAAGACAAACACCUGAGCUCCAGUCCAAACCAGCAGAGCCACAAAGAGGGUCCCCUAUGCUUCCUGAACCACUUAAGCCACAGACUGCAGUUCCUGUUCAACCUACCAUUCAGCCUCCCACAGUCCUAAAGAUGCAGGAUCCUCUUAUUCCUAUGACAGCAUCAUCUCAAACUAUUUCUCCCCAAAACCUGGAAGGGGCACCACAGCCUCCUCCUCGCAGCAAAUCAUCCCAAAAUUUGCCUUCUGAACCAGUUCCUUCACAGAAGCAAGUUAAAGCAAAUGGAGUUCAUGACUUCCAGCUGGAAAUAAAGCAAAAUAAUGAUCCUUUUGAAGAUCUGUCCCUUUGCUUGCUUCCUGCAUCCAAGAUUCAGUCAACAGUCCGAGUGUCACCAGUUGAACCUUUGAGCCAAAAGGAGAUGACAGUGUUGCCUUCUGCAACAGACAGUUUUAAUACGUUAAGUAAUGUAAAUUGCAUGCCAGCAACGCCAGUUACAGUGUGUAAUAAAUCUGAGGCACAGAUGCGUACUUCUCCUAAUCCUUUUGCUACUAGAGUGAACAGCACAAAUCCACUCACUAAACAAACUAUAACUGCUGGAACUCCAUUUAGAGAAGAAUCUGGAGUGACUUCACACUGCUCAGUAGGACACGCUGCUUAUCCUUUCCCAUCUCUGAAACCUCCUGCUCAUCAUAAAGGUAAUUCUGCAUUUUACACCAAUACAUUUCAAGAAAAUUUUAAUCUACAGAGCACAUCUUCUACAACUAACAAUGUAAAACCAAAAGGAUGGGUAACUUUUGAUGAAGAGGACUUUGUGUUAAAGCUGAAACCACUGGAGAACCGUACAGAAUUAAGACAAAGUGGUUCCAUGGAAGCAACUUAUUUUCCAAGUUCCCUGGGCUUUGAACAAAAUCACUUCAGCUCAAAUGAUUCUAUUUUCAACAACAGGAACCAAAGUGCUGAUUCUCUUCAUCCACUGCCAGCCAGACCUGCACCAGCCCCACCUAUACCAUCUAGGAUAACCAGUACCAUAUCAACUACAGACCCUCUCUCUUCUCUGGCACCUAAGGUUAGGUCCACACAAGAUUUUACUGAAAGAUAAGUUCUUUAAAAUGGGAAUUUAAGGUAUUUUUAAGAAUAUCCUGUAGAAUUGGGCAUUGAUGUAAUUCUAUGUGCAAUAAUUAUUUUGUUGGAUGCACUGAAUCUUAAAUAUCAAUUGUCAUUAUGUACAAAUUUUAAAGAUGUGUAUAUAUGAUAAUGCACAAAGCUAAUUCCAUAAGUGAUCUCAUUAUGCCACUUCUAAUAGGUCAUAUACAGGGGAAGUUAUGGAUACUUGAAACCUAUUCAAUCCACAGGAUUCCAAUACCAAAUCAGGCAUACCUUUCUGUUAAUUCCAGUCAAAUAGACAAGCAUUGCUUUUGUUGGGUAAUGCACAUAGUUCUCUUUCCUACAGAAGAAUGUAAAGAGUAUUUUGAAUACCCAACUGACUGAUAGAUCAUAUGAUCUCUUCCAAUAUCUGGUAUGUUUAUUUAUUAAGUACUUACCAAAGAACUUCCUCAGUUUAAAGAGAGGUUAUGGAGAUUUGUAACAAUAUGUUCCACAUAACUUGAGUCAAAACAACCCUAUGUUAAAUAAACAGUACAUACUAAUGAAUAUUUUGCCUGCCACUGCAUACAUAUUUUACAUACUUGAGAAAUGCUUUAUUUAAGUUUAACAUUACAUCACGUAACAUCACAAAUUUAAUAUUCCAGUUUCAUUAAACUUACAUUCUGUACAUGACUUAUACUUUAAAAAAAAACCCCUUCCCUUUAAGUUGGUGUAAAAGGUUGAAACUUUCUUGUUUGAUUUAAAGAGGAGGAUCUGGUAGGUUGUUGUAGGAUCUUUUUAUGUGAAGAUCCAGAUUAAACAAUCAGAUAUGUGGUCCAUAUAUUUCAAAUACAUUUUGCUCAGUUUCUUUAUUAUGUAUAAUAGUACUAUAUCUCAAAUUGGGCUUCACUAGAACAAACGGUUUUGCCAACAAUUGCUGUACUAGUCUGUCAAGCUUUUGGGGUACGUUAUUGUCUCUCUCCCCACAGACAGACCCUUCAAUGGCUUGUGUGGCUGAUUGAAGCUGGUUUUCGUCACAGUUUGAAAAACUUGCCAAUUAUCUGGUCCCAUUUUUAAAAAAUAUUGAUAUUAUGAAGGAAGCUGAGAUGUUUUUAGUUCCUUCGCCUAUUCAUAACAACAUUGCUAUUCAUAAUGCUUUCUUUUUUAAUUGAUGAAAGAAAUAAGGAAUAGCCUUGACCCUACAUGCAUGCUCUUACUGACCCAAGUUUCUGGAGUGUACCUAAAGAAAGGAUAUUUACCACCUCCCUUUCUCAUUGUAACUUCCUGCUUCAAGGAUCAAAGGGCCUAUGGUAGGAUAGGUGAGGCAGCAAAAACUCCCUUGCACAAAUUCAUUUUCUUUGCAUUUCUAUAAUUAUCUCUUCUGGUUUAGGUAGAAUCUAUUAAAACAACAACAUAUACUAACAUUCCACUGUGCAGCAAAAGUAAGUUUCUAAAUUCUUAAACUAUACCACUGUCUUUAUAUAAAUCACUAUAUCUAAAAGUAAACAACCAGUAACUGCAGUAACUAGAGAAUUAAAUAUGGUAACUUCCGUAUUGUGCUUUUACAGUUAAGUUCAUUUAAAAGUACUUGUACAUCUUAAACAUCGGUAGUACUAUGAACUUUGUGCUUCAGUAUGUGACUUAACUAGUUAAAGCUGUGGUUAUUGACCUCUGUGUGAAUGUGCUUUGGUACAUAACUUCUAUUAGCAAAGCAAUUUUGUUUUGGAAAGUUUGUGCAAAUUUAGAGUUCAGUGAUAUGUGGUCCUUUUUAUUUAAAAUGCAGGUCUUAACACCAUUACUUGAUUCAAAAUUUGAUAGGCAAGUACGGCAAAAGUUGAAGCAAAACAACAAGUAUAAGAUGUUAACCAUUGUAAAGUGUAUGUUAAAAGCUAAUUAUUAGCACAGUCUCGAUAAUCAACUAUGUAAAAAAAGCUUUAUAUUUUCAUGGAGUGUGUUCCCUGUGGCAAAUUGCUUUGUUAAUUUGUAACAGCUUGUUGCUUGUGGUACAUUAUCUGACUAUAUCCAUUACAAGACUACAGUAUUAACUUGAUGGGCUACAAUAUUCCAUACAUAUCCUAUGAAAUGUGAUGUUAAUGAAAUAAAUAUAUCCUUUCAGAAGGUCA